ACUUGUACCAAUGCAAUAGAAAGACACAAAUGGCAUUGCAGCACGGUGUGAUUGGAAGUUCAAGAUCUUCCCAAAAUCUCUUUAGAAUAGUUGUAUCCCUUCUACUCAUCUUAACCUUUCUCCAAUUAGCAGCAUCUGCAUCUGCAUCCACAUCCACAACUGAUUCCCUCAAAGCCUACAAAAAGUUCAUAAAAGACAAGUGCAAUUCAACCACUUUCCCAAAGGUUUGCUACAAGUCUCUGUCCCCUUAUGCAUCAAAAAUAAAAAGAAACCGCGUAACACUCACCAAAGUGUCUAUUUACGUGGCUCUAAAAGCAGCCAAGAUUGCAUACAGCACACUGACGAAGCUUUCCAAAUCGAAGGGGAAGCUAACACAUGGUGAAGCUUCGGUGAUUGCUGAUUGCCGAGAGAACAUUGAUGAGACGUUGGAUCUGCUUUCACAAUCUUCUGAUGGGCUUGCAAAUUUGAAUGGCACAUCUUCUGCUCAUGACCAAUUCCAAUGGGACAACAUAAAGACAUGGAUGAGUGCUGCCAUAACAGAUGAGGGUACAUGCACCGAUGAGUUUGACGAAAUACAAGUGCGCCCUUCACUGCAGAAGAAGAUCAAAACCACCGUUUAUAACCUUUCUUGGUUCACUAUCAAUGCCUUGGCCCUCGUCAAUAGGCUUUACUAAUAAAUAACAAUGUUCGUUCAAUAUAAUGUAUGUUUUCUCUUUAUAUUAUGACGACUGUGAACACAAUCUUUUUCUUCUUGGGUUUA